AGCCGGCGCUGGGGUCUGGGGGCACUGCUCAGCGGUGCUGGGCUGGCGAGGCUGGAGCCGCCGCCGCACUGACAGCUCCGUCUGUGGAUCAUGGAGACUGGCGCCGGUCCACACCCGCUGCGCCUGUUCGUCUGCCUGAUGCCACUCUGCCUCGCUCUGCUUCUGGGACCCGGGCGGCCCGGGACCGCCGAAGAAGUUAUCCUCCUGGACUCCAAAGCCUCCCAGGCGGAACUGGGCUGGACUGCACUACCAAGCACUGGGUGGGAGGAGAUUAGUGGCGUGGAUGAACAUGAUCGUCCCAUCCGCACGUAUCAAGUGUGCAACGUGCUUGAGCCCAACCAGGACAACUGGCUUCAGACGGGCUGGAUCAGCCGUGGCCGUGGGCAGCGCAUCUUUGUGGAGUUGCAGUUCACGCUGCGCGACUGCAGCAGUAUACCUGGCGCCACGGGCACUUGCAAAGAGACCUUCAACGCGUAUUACCUGGAAACAGAGACCGAUCUGGGCCGAGGACGUCCCCGCCUAGGAGGCAACCGACCCCGCAAGAUUGACACCAUCGCAGCUGAUGAGAGCUUCACGCAGGGCGACCUGGGGGAGAGAAAGAUGAAGCUGAACACGGAGGUGCGUGAGAUUGGCCCCCUCAGCCGGCCAGGCUUCCACCUGGCCUUCCAGGACGUGGGUGCGUGCGUGGCAUUGGUCUCGGUGCGUGUCUACUACAAGCAGUGCCGCGCCACAGUGCGGGGCCUGGCAGCCUUCCCCGCCACCGCAGCUGAGAGCGCCUUCUCCACGCUGGUGGAAGUGGCUGGAACAUGCGUGGCCCACUCAGAAGGGGAGCCCCGCAGCCCUCCCCGCAUGCACUGUGGUGCUGAUGGCGAAUGGCUGGUGCCUGUGGGCCGUUGCAGCUGCAGUGCAGGAUUCCAGGAACGUGGUGACAUCUGUGAAGCCUGUCCCCCAGGGUUUUACAAGGUGUCCCCAAGGCGGCCCCUCUGCUCGCCCUGCCCGGAGCACAGCUUGGCCCUGGAGAAUGCCUCUACCUUCUGCGUGUGCCAAGACACCUAUGCUCGCUCGCCCACCGACCCGCCCUCAGCUUCCUGCACCCGGCCGCCGUCCGCGCCGCGGGACCUGCAGUACAGCCUGAGCCGCUCCCCGCUGGCGCUGCGGCUGCGUUGGCUGCCGCCUGCGGACUCCGGCGGCCGCUCCGACGUCACCUACUCGCUGCUGUGCCUGCGCUGCGGGCGCGACGGUCCGGCGGGCGCGUGCCAACCCUGCGGGCCGCGCGUGGCCUUCGUCCCGCGCCAGGCUGGGCUGCGGGAACGCGCCGCCACGCUGCUCCACCUGCGGCCGGGCGCGCGCUACACAGUGCGCGUGGCCGCGCUCAACGGCGUCUCCGGCCCAGCGGCCGCCGCGGGAACCACCUACGCGCAGGUCACAGUGUCCACAGGACCCGGGGCACCCUGGGAGGAGGAUGAAAUCCGCAGGGACCGCGUGGAGCCCCAGAGCGUGUCGCUGUCCUGGCGAGAGCCUGUCCUUGCUGGAGCUCCCGGAACUAACAGCACAGAGUAUGAGAUUCGCUACUUUGAGAAGGGUCAGAGUGAGCAGAGUUACUCCACAGUGAAGACAGGGGCACCGGCUGUCACUGUCACCAACCUGAAGCCUGCUACCAGAUACGUUUUUCAGAUCCGGGCAGCCUCCCCAGGGCCUUCAUGGGAAGCCCAGAGCUUCAGUCCAAGCAUCGAAGUGCAGACUCCAGGGGAAGUUGCCCCAGGGUCCAGGGACCAGAGCCCCGCAGUGGUUGUCACCGUGGUGACCAUCUCAGCCCUCUUGGUCUUGGGCUCCGUGAUGAGUGUGCUGGCCAUUUGGAGGAGGCCCUGCGAUGGCAAAGGAAGUGGCAACGCCCAUGACGAAGAGGAAUUGUAUUUCCACUUCAAAGUCCCGACACGCCGCACUUUUCUGGACCCACAAAGCUGCGGGGAUCCGUUGCAGGCUGUGCAUUUGUUUGCCAAAGAGCUAGAUGUCAAAAGCGUCACCCUGGAGAAGAGCUUGGGAGCAGGACGAUUUGGGGACCUGUGCUGUGGCUGCCUGCAGCUGCCUGGUCGCCAGGGGCUACCUGUGGCCGUGCACACUCUGAGGGAUGGAUGCUCAGACUCACAGAGGCUCAGCUUCCUGGCUGAGGCUCUCACCCUGGGGCAGUUUGACCACAGCCACAUUGUGCGGCUGGAAGGCGUUGUCACCCGAGGAAACCCCUUGAUGAUUGUCACUGAAUACAUGAACCUCGGGGCCCUUGACGACUUCCUCAGGCAUCACGAAGGGGAGCUGGUGGCUGUGCAGCUGAUGGGUCUGCUGCCUGGGCUGGCAUCAGCCAUGAAGUAUCUGUCAGAGAUGGGCUACGUUCACCGGGGCCUUGCAGCCCGCCGAGUGCUCGUCAGCAGUGGCCUCAUCUGUAAGAUCUCUGGCUUUGGGCGGGGUCCCCGGGACCGAGCAGAAGCUGUCUACACCACCAUGAGUGGCAGGAGCCCAGCGCUCUGGGCAGCUCCUGAGACUCUACAGUUUGGCCACUUCAGUUCUGCUAGUGAUGUAUGGAGCUUUGGCAUUGUCAUGUGGGAGGUGAUGGCCUUUGGGGAGCGGCCCUACUGGGACAUGUCCGGACAAGACGUAAUCAAGGCCGUGGAGGAUGGCUUCCGGCUGCCACCUCCCAGGAACUGUCCCUCCCAACUGCACCGAUUGAUGCUUGAGUGCUGGCAGAAAGACCCAGGUGAGCGGCCCAGGUUCUCCCAGAUCCACAGCAUCCUGAGCAAGAUGGGGCAGGAACCAGAGCCCUCCAAGUGUGCCUCGUCCACCGGUCUCAGGCCUCCCACCCCCCUGGCAGACCGUGCCUUCUCUACCUUCCCCUCCUUUGGCUCCGUGGGUGCCUGGCUGGAGGCCCUAGACCUGUGCCGCUACAAGGACAACUUCUCUGCAGCAGGCUAUGGGAGCCUGGAGGCCGUGGCUGAGAUGACUGCCCAGGACCUGGGGAGUCUUGGUAUCUCUUCUGUGGAGCAUCGAGAGGCCCUCCUUAGUGGGAUCAGUGCCCUGCAGACUCGAGUGCUACAGCUACAGGGUCAGGGGGUGCAGGUGUGAGCAGCUCAGCCCUGCCCAAGGACCUGCAAGCUACACUCCCCUAGGGUGGGAAGAGUGCUUUUACUCUUAGUGGGCCCUGAGCUGGUUGGUACCAUGUUGUCCCAUUUCAUUUUUCCUCUCAACACCUUGCUGACCAAGUGGUCCUAAAAUGAGGUUCAGAUCCCAGGAAAGGACCCCAGAUAUAACAGUAGGAAGAAGGUUAGGGUGUCAAGGGAAGGUUGGGGUGUCAAGGGUGUUGGUUUGGGAAGACAGUUUGAGUUGUCCUGUUCACUUGGGCUUCCACAGUCAUUGGGGAUUGGGCCUAAUCAGUAGGCAUCUCAUUUCCCCAGAGAGCUUUUGACUUGCCAGGCAGUGAGUCCCUGAGAGUGACCCAUUGGCUCUGGCAGGGACCACAGCUGCCUAGGCACCUGAGUAUGGGAGCCUCAGCCAGUGGGUAGUGUCCCUUACGUCCUGUGCCUUGGCUAGGUCUAUCUGCACACUGGUGCCAAGGCCCUAGCAGGCAAGUGGUGCUGAGCUCAGGGACUGGACCCCCAGAUGGAAACUCCAGAGUUGAUGGCUUACUGCCUUGGGGCAGGCAGUUCAGGAUGAGGGCCAAGCUCCUAAUAGGUCACACAAAGUCCUGGUGCUUGCCCCAGCCCGGAUGUCUGAUUUGACUGGAACUGAUUUCAGAAGAGCACAACAGAGGCUUAUUCUGCAUUCUGGAGGGUGGAGGAGAAAGAGCCUGAGGGAGUGGUUUGAUAGGCUGGUCUAACCCCACUAUAUACUUGGGGAAGUCAGAGCCUAUAUAUAGUCUCGGAGCCAGGGUUAAUGCCAGACCAAAAUCCAGGGAGAAGCCUAGCCCUAGAGAGCUUGUCCUGCCCUAUGGCACCAGCACUCUUCCUGGGCAGCACAGUGAGUCCUCUCUGGGUGAGCCCCUUCAGGCUGUUCUGUCCCUGUACACUACAUAUAGUCCCCCUCCAGAGUGCCUCCCUGUGUGCUGUUCAGAGCUCUUGAAGGAGUAUGGUGCUAAGCUGACCUAUCUGCAAGGGCCCUGGCAGCUUUGAGACCCUGAGACCAAAGCCAUCCCAGGAGGGCAGAAAGGCUGCUGGAUGUGGACUGGACCACUGGGGCUAAGUUUGUCUACAUGACCCCUGAUGGAUAUCUGUUUUGCUAUGGUAGGGAGGAGGGGUGGCAUGGGCUGAGACAGCAGGUAGGAGUGGAGAGGGGGAGGCAGGGUAGAGAGCACCUUUGGAGCGUGCACACUAGGAAGGGAUCCCCCUGAGGCACAGGGAAAUGGGCAGGUGGACUGUGGAUUAUGUUUGUGUAGCCAGGGAGUUGAGGGUGUCCAAAAAAGGCUUCUUAAAGUCAAAAUUGAAUAAGGCCUUGAGGGGUAGGGUGUUCUCAGCUUAGGAUGAAUAGAGUCAUCAUCAGGCUUGGAAUCCAGGCAAGGACGUCUAACAGAAAGCCUGGAGGCGGGGCUGGAAACCAUAAUGCAUCUUUGGGGAGUACCCACAGUGGGGAGCAGUGAUUCCUAGCAGUGCCUUUGGCCUUGACCUGACAGCAGCUCUUUCUUCCUUAGAGUCUACCCCAUUUCUAGCUCUCUGCACGCCUGACUGAGCUCAAUGACUGUAGGAAUACUGGGGUAGACUGGGAUACUGCUCCCACCUUUGACAGCACUGGGGGAAUAGAAACAUCCCCACAUGCUCUUCCUUCAUCCUCCCUCCUUGGGAAACUGGCCCAACAUCUAAGGCUCAUGGGACCAGUGCCCUGUCUUGGGUGAUCGGAACCUCACUCCCAUCUCCAGCUACAUCAGUCAUUAAGGUCAAACUCCUCCCCUCCGCAGCUGUUUGCAGAGGGGUCCCUGGCUGUGCUGGCAGGACUUCGGUGUCCAGGGUAGACCUUCCCUCUCAUGAGGAGGUCCUAGAAUCCUGAGGGCUCCCAGGCCUCAGCCCUGCACAGGCACCAGCAUGAUACAGGGUGCUGGGUCACUGGGGACCCUCCACAGAUCUAUUUUUAUAUAUGGAGCUGUUGACUGGACAAAUGGAGGCCAUCUGCAACCCACAUUGCCCUGUCACCUACCCAGGGAGGGAGGGACUGGUUGUGGGUAGAGGCUCCCACAUGGAACUCUGGAGAUGUGUUUAUAUUUCUGGGUUCUAUAUGCAGUACCAAGUAAUAAAAACUUGUCUGUGAUGGUCC